AUGACAAGAGUUCUGAUCGACGACUGUCACCGGCGUUUGCAGAAGUACAAGGCUGAGAUCGAGGAGAACAGAAGGCAGUGUGUCCACACUCUCGGCGAUUCUAUCGCCGCAGAUCUUGGGAAGACGAUCUCUGCUCUGGCACACCACAGGCAAGCCAAGAAGAGAGAAGUUUUGGAACGGAAACUGACUAAGCUAAAACCACCAGGCACAGAAAGCUCAAACUUGGUCCACAACCUCUCGUCUAAGCAGCUAACAGAGCAGCAACUACGAGUGUUGCAGCAUGAAACGUGUUUCAACACUGCAGAUGCCGAAUCUGUCGACUUCAUUGCAGCCCUGGAAGCCAUGCUUGUGCGAAGUGAAACAUCCGACGACAUGAAACACUCCGUCCGACAGCGUGUUACCUCUUUGCUGAUGACACACAGACCAACCAAAUGUAUUUCACAGAGUGAGUCAAAGGCUAUGAGAGAACUGAGGAGGGUCGACAGCAUUAUCAUUCUACCUGCUGACAAGGGACGAUCAACCGUCGUGAUGAAUAGAGAAGACUAUAAUGAAAAAGCUAAAGCCCUUCUUGAUGACAGAGAAUUUUACAGACCAGCACAGAAGUCGCAAGCCAAAGCAGUGGCAGAUCGGCUGAGUAAACUGCUUAGAGAAUACCGACAUAAAAAUGUGAUCACGGAGAAUGAAUGGCACCAAAUGAGGCCAACUGACACCGCUCUAGCCCGAUUCUAUGGUCUGCCAAAAAUCCAUAAAGCAAAUGUCCCACUUCGGCCAAUCGUUGCCCUCAAAGGCAGCCCCACCUACAACUUGGCAAAGUGGAUGUACUCAAAACUGAAGUUCCUCCAAGGCAAUUCGACUACCUCAGUUCGAUCAGCCUCUCAAUUCCUCAUAGACCUCCGAGGUCGGAGAAUUCAAUCGGACGAAACCAUGGUCUCCUUCGAUGUGACAUCGCUGUUCACAUCUAUCCCACCAAACGUGGCCCGCAAAGUCUUGCGCAAGAAACUUGAAGAGGCGUACGAUGAGACUCAGAAUGCCCUCAAAAUUGAACACCUCAUGAGGCUGUUUGAAUUCUGCCAACAAACUUUCUUCACUUUUGCGGGAGAGACCUAUGAACAAAUCAAGGGAACCCCUAUGGGCUCACCGGUCUCCGGUUUGGUGGCAGAACUGGUCCUACAGGAGUUGGAAAAGAUUGCCUUCCUCCAACAUGAACCGGUGUUUUGGCGACGUUACGUUGACGACACGUUCGUCAUCGUAAAGAAGGACAUGCUGCAACAUUUUCACAGCCUGCUCAACGCAGUCUUCCCGGAUAUAAAAUUCACGAGAGAAGAAGAACAGGAGCAGCAGUUGCCCUUCCUGGAUGUGCUCGUCAGACGAAACCUUAACGGUGAACUUGAAACGACGGUUUAUAAGAAGGCAACGAACAUCACACAGCUUCUCAGUUUUCACAGCAACCAUCCGGUGGCUCACAAACGAAGCUGUGUGAAGACGUUCUUCAAACGGAUUCAAACUCAUUGCAGCAAACCGGAGGACAGAGCGCGUGAGGCCCGUUAUCUCCGCGACCAGUUUGUGCAAAAUGGCUAUCCGAGGGCAUUCAUAAGUCGCUGCCUACGCGGUCGCCACCAGAGAACUCAAACAUCAACGCCACCGACGAUAUGGCAUGCUCUGCCAUACAUCAAGGGUGUUUCAGAAGCGACCGAGCGCAUUGCUGCGGAGCUAGGGGUUGGAAUCGCACACCGCCCCAAAGCCACCAUGCGCAACAGGGUCAUGAAGAUCAAAGACCGGUUAAAACCUGAAGAGCAAUCUGGAGUAGUGUAUCGCAUUCCGUGUCAAAAUUGUCUAUGUAAUUACACAGGACAGACUGGACGCAUGCUCGGAUCGCGCAUACAUGAACAUAAGCUGGCUGUGCGGCGAGGCGACGCAUUGUCACAAGUGGCCGCCCACACCUACGAAAUGGGUCACGAGUUUGACUUCGCUGCCACCAAAAUAGUCGCCCACGCCGGAAACAAAACAGGCCGAGAAUUGAUUGAAGCCUGGGCCUCGGAUGAGAACUCGGUCAAUCGAUUUAUCGAUCUGGCGCCGGCGUACAGAGCCCUUCGUAGUCACCUUUCAGUCGUGCGACGUCGGUCGAUGAUUGGGUCUACGUGCCUUAUAACUGCCGCUUGUCCUGUUUCUGCCACUACCUCUGACGAUGGACUCCUGUACGAGUCUGAAAGCUCAGGAUAA